GGGGCACGCAAGACAACGCCUACGCAAACGCGAAAGGGAGGCGGUGUCUGGCCAAUUUUUAGCAAGUAGUGUUUUCCGAGUGAGGUUUCUCCGAGAUGUUGCGCUUGGUGAGCUGGAAUAUCAAUGGAAUCCGGAGUCCCCUGCAAGGGGCAGUGUGCCAGGAAUCCAACAACUUCGCCAACGUGACCAUGAAACGUACUUUGGAGGAACUGGCCGCAGAUAUCGUCUGUCUCCAGGAAACCAAAGUGACCAGGGAUGUGCUGACAGAGCCUCUGGCUGUCGUUGAGGGCUAUAAUUCCUAUUUCAGCUGCAGUCGCAACCGUAGUGGCUAUUCUGGUGUAGCUACCUUCUGUAAGGACAGUGCUACCCCAGUGGCUGCUGAAGAAGGCUUGAGUGGCCUGCUUGCCACCCAGAAUGGGAAUGUGGGUUGCUAUGGAAACAUGGAUGAAUUCACCCAAGAGGAGCUCCGGGCUUUGGAUAGUGAAGGCCGAGCCCUCCUUACACAGCACAAGAUCCGAACCUGGGAAGGGAAGGAGAGGACCUUGACCCUAAUCAAUGUGUACUGUCCCCGUGUGGACCCUGAGAAGCCUGAACGACUGACCUUCAAGAUGCGUUUCUGUCGCUUGCUACAGAACCGAGCAGAAGCCCUUCUGGCAGCUGGCAGCCAUGUGAUCAUUCUGGGUGACCUGAAUACAGCCCACCGCCGAAUUGACCACUGUGAUGCAAUCAACCUGAAAUACUUUGAAGAGGACCCAGCGCGCAAGUGGAUGGAUGGCUUACUUAAUAACAUAGGUUGCCAAUCUAGGUCCCCUGUUGGGACUUUCAUUGAUACCUACCGCUAUUUUCAACCACAGCAAGAAGGUGCCUUCACCUGCUGGUCGGUGGUCAGUGGUGCCCGCCAUCACAACUAUGGCUCCCGGCUUGACUAUGUGCUAGGGGACAGAACCCUGGUCAGGGACACCUUGCAGUCCUCUUUUCUGCUUCCUGAGGUUAUGGGCUCUGACCACUGUCCUGUGGGUGCUGUUUUGAAUGUGUCCUCUGUGCCUGCGAAACACCCCCCACCCCUGUGUACACGCUUCUUUCCUGAGUUUGCAGGCACUCAGCUCAAGAUUGUUCAUUUCCUAGUUCCCCUUGAACACAAAUCUGUAUUGGAGAAAUCAGCUUUGCAACUCAGCCAUCAAACUCAGGUACAGAAACGGCAAAACAGAUUCUGUAUUCGGUUAACCAGGUCUCAGCCAAGUCAAGCUAGCUCCAGAAAAGGCCAGAGAAACAUGACAAGCUACCUCCAGUCCUCUUCCAGCCAUCACCAAACUUCUUCUGACUUGAAGUUGCCUCUGAUGGGAACCCUCAUGACCUCAAAGACUCUAGAAGAGGAAGCAAUAGCCAAAGUGGUGGAAGAUGAGAUCAAGGAUUCAGAGGCCAAAGAGAAAGAGGCACUGACCUCAUUCUGGAAGUCUGUGUUGCGAGGGCCUUUUCCUAUGCCCCUCUGUAGGGGCCAUAGGGAGCCAUGUAUCAUGCGUACUGUGAAGAAGCCAGGACCUAACCUGGGACGCCGCUUCUACAUGUGUGCCAGGCCUCAGGGUCCACCCAGUGACCCCUCCUCCCGCUGCAACUUCUUCCAAUGGAGUAGGCCCAGCUAAAUCAAGUGAGCCUAAGGAUGUCUGGCAUGGUAACCCUGCACAGGAUCUGAUGCUGUCUCCCUUCUAAGUUGCUAAUGCUGCCUUCUCUUCCAAAGCUUCUUUUUCUCCUUUCUUAAUCCUUCUUUCUCUUGCUUUUCUUCCUCUCAAAAGGCUUCCAUCUUUCCUAGUAUAACUUCUGUCCUCUGAAGCCCAUCUUCCUCUUUCUUUUUCCCGAACUUUUCCUUUUGGUGAGCUUCUCAUGCCUUAAUACUGUGACCCAGCUCUGCACCCCACUUUUUUGCCUUCCUAUCAGAAGUACAUGGGAAACAAGUGUUUCAAGUAAUUGCCAUUUUAAACACCAUCUGUCUUUAUUGGAAAAUAUUCAUAAAUAAAGUGUCUUUGUUACAUAGUA